UGUUUCUUCUGUGCUGUAAUCCAAAAGCAGAGAGAGAGAGAGAGAGAGAGAGAGAGAUUGUCGGCGGAAAGGACGAAAGAAGGGGGGAGAGAGAGAAAGAGAGACAGAAAGCCGAAGUUUUCUGUGCCUCUCGCUCGUUGCAUCACAUUUGACUCUGCUUCCUCCCUUUUAACCGAUUAUCACUUCACUCUUCACUUCGCUUUUUUUUUUUCUCACACUCGCGCAUGGAUUUCAACUAGAAAUCAUACCACAUUUCAAGAAUUCUCCCUCUCUCUCUCUGUGUCUAGACAUUCUUGAAUUUACUUCUUGCGCUUAUUCUAGUUCCUCUGGUCACUGAAUUGCGGGUUUUUGAGAGGCAAAUGCCAAUCAGGAAGGGGCUUUCGGGAAUGGCAAGGAACAGAGGCGGCGGCAGAUCUCGGUCGUUCGUUGCAAUUCUCGUAUUCUUCUCGCUGCUCGCGCUGCUGGCUUUCUUGGUCGGACGAGGGCUUAAUACUUCGACUUCAAUUGGUCAAAAUGAUAUUUUCCCUGGUUCCCAUGAAGUGGACUUAGGUUGGAGACAAAGGCUUGCUUUACAACAUGUGAAAUCCCUCUUUUCCAAGGAGGUGAUUGAUGUCAUCACAGACAGCACAAAUGAUUUGGGACCUCUGAGUCUGGAUGUUUUCAGAAUGAGAAACUUGUCUGCUUCCUGGAAAGUUAUUGGGGUGGAACCUGUGCUUAAGAACAAUGCUAGUGCUGUUCAGGGUAGCCCAAUACCUGCAAACAACAAACAAGAAACUUCCAGACGCAAACAGGAUGAUUCUUCAGGGGCUUUUUCUCAAUUUGAUGAUAUUCCUGCAAAACUAGUAAGAAGGGAACUGAGAGAGAAAAGACGUGAAAAGCGUGCAGCAGACUUGCUAAAACAAGAUGAUGAAGUAAAUUUAAAGCUUGAAACUGUGGCUAUUGAACGUUCCAAAUCAGUUGAGUCAGCAGUUCUGGGGAAGUACAACAUAUGGAGGAAAGAAAAUGAAAAUGAGAAUGCUGAUUCAAGAGUCCGCCUAAUGCGAGAUCAAAUGAUUAUGGCCAGGGUAUAUAUAAGCCUAGCAAAUAUGACGAAAAAGCAUGAAUUGAGCCAAGAACUACAAAGCCGGCUCAAAGAAAGUCACCGUGCUUUAGGGGAGGCAACUGUUGAUUCUGAUCUACCUCGCAGUGUACCUGAGAAAAUUAGAACCAUGGGGCAAGUGCUCUCAAAAGCCAGAGAACAACUCUAUGAUUGCAAGCUUGUCACUGGGAAGCUGCGAGCAAUGCUUCAGUCAGCGGAUGAGCAAGUUAGGAGCCUGAAGAAGCAGAGCACGUUCCUGAGCCAGUUAGGGGCCAAGACUAUUCCAAAAGGGAUACACUGCUUAUCUAUGCACUUAACCAUAGAUUACCAUCUUCUUCCGAUAGAAAAAAGAAAGUUUCCCAAAAGUGAGAAUCUGGAAAAUCCAACUCUCUACCAUUAUGCACUCUUCUCUGACAAUGUUUUGGCCGCGUCAGUUGUUGUCAAUUCAACCAUCAUGAAUGCUAAGGAGCCUGAAAAACAUGUAUUUCAUCUCGUUACUGAUAAACUGAACUUUGGAGCCAUGAAUAUGUGGUUUUUGUUGAACCCUCCUGGAAAAGCCACCAUCCAUGUUGAGAAUGUUGAUGAAUUUAAGUGGCUCAACUCAUCUUACUGCCCAGUUCUAAGGCAGCUAGAAUCUGCUGCCAUGAAGGACUAUUAUUUCAAGGCAGACCACCCCACUACUCUGUCAGCUGGGGCUUCUAAUCUCAAGUACAGGAAUCCAAAAUAUCUCUCAAUGCUCAACCAUCUCAGAUUUUAUCUCCCACAGGUAUAUCCCAAGUUGGAUAAGAUCCUGUUUCUAGAUGAUGACAUUGUUGUCCAGAAGGACUUGACUGGAUUGUGGUCAGUUGACCUCCAUGGAAAAGUGAAUGGUGCAGUGGAAACCUGUGGCCAGAGCUUUCAUCGUUUUGACAAGUACCUCAAUUUUUCAAAUCCUCAUAUUGCCAGAAACUUUGAUCCGAAUGCAUGUGGAUGGGCGUACGGGAUGAAUAUUUUUGAUCUUAAGGAGUGGAAAAAGAAAGAUAUCACUGGCAUAUAUCAUAAGUGGCAGAAUAUGAAUGAGUACCGAGUGCUGUGGAAGCUUGGAACUUUGCCUCCGGGGCUGAUAACAUUCUAUGGCCUAACACAACCACUUGAGAAGUCGUGGCAUGUGCUUGGUCUUGGUUAUAAUCCAAGUGUUGAUCGAUCAGAAAUUGAGAAAGCAGCCGUCAUACACUAUAAUGGGAACAUGAAACCAUGGCUAGAAUUGGCAAUGAGAAAGUACAGGGCGUACUGGACCAAGUAUAUCAAGUUUGAUCACCCUUAUCUUCGCCGCUGCAAGUUCAGUGAGUGAGUGAGUUGAUAUUCGAGUGCCGAGGGACAGCAAAAGCUCUCCCUCCUCCUGGCCGACUUUGUUGGUUGUUACUCAGCUCUCAGGACAGACAUUUGGCUGGUCUUGAGGUGUUUCUCACUUCCCUGAAUCCCUUAUUCUUUAUCCUGCUGCAGAAUUCAAAUUUAUUCAUUUACAUGGUUGCCUUCCUCGGGAACCAGGCAACCAGUAUACCUGUAGCAACUGUAUCGUGAAUUUGGUUGUCAAGCUGUACCUCUUCCCUAUGGUGGAAGUAAACCUCGUCUCUUGAAGAGUAGUAUAGUAUGGAAUGUGUAUCAUUCAAGUGGCUGCUUCCUUGCAUUUUGUAAAGUUUAGUCUAUUUAGUGGAACUUGGAUCUGACCUGACCUAGUAAGACGUUGGAUUAGCUUUAUAAUAAUGUUGAUUGUUGUUUCA